GCCAGUCCAUCAAUCAUUCAGACUUUGUUUGUCGGUCCGUAUUACAAGACAACCCACCUCGCAUCCUCUCCGAAACUUUCCAAUCUGCCAGAAAAAGAGCCUCUCGCCGUCUGGGAGCCGAUUACAUCAUGAAGUUCCGAUCUCCAGAAGUAGAAGCUGCCCUUCAAAAGGAAACCAUCCGUGGCCUCGCUUACGGUGGUAUCACCGGUCUUGGACUCGGCUGGGCCGCCGUUCUCACCGCUUCCCGCCGCUACCAGCUCAUCCGGGGCCUGACCAUUCCCAUGAAAUGCUUCCUCGUCAGCUCCUCCGGGACCUUCGGCGCCAUCAUCCUGGCCGACCGCCUCACCCGCAGCUUUGAAGCCAGCCUGAACCCGAACCAAUACCAAAGCGACAAGAAAGGCGAGCUGGCGCGGCAGACGCGCGCAGCGCAGACGUGGGGCGAGCGCACGAAAGACUAUAUGGCCGAGCAUCGAUAUCCCAUCGUCUUCGGCAGCUGGGUUGCAUCCAUGGGCAUCGCGUUGGGGAUAGUCGGCCGGAGUCCGUACCUGUCCACAUCGCAGAAGCUCGUGCAGGCGCGUGUGUAUGCGCAGGGGUUGACCGUUGCCGUGCUGUUGGCGAGCUUCGGUUUGGAGGCGUCAGAUGCCACGCAAGGGAAGGGUCGAUGGGGGUGGCAGACGGUGAAGGUGAUGGAGGACGGCAAGGUGGUGGAGAAGCGGGUGCACAAGGAGCGGUAUGAGGGGGAGGACCGGUGGAUGGAUAUGGUGGAAACCGAGCAACGGAGGGAGAAGGCGGAGGAGGAGGAGCGGAAGCGAUUGCAGAAGGCCUCAUGAGUUGGGAUUGAAGGAUUUAAAGCAGUGCCAAUGUGAGAUGCAUGGCAAGGCGUUUGGCGUACGAUUGGGUUUCUUUUGGCAUAGACACCGGCAUUGAACCGGCUUUAGGAAGGAGGCGAUAUUCGUCCCGCUGUACAGUAUGGGACCUGUAAUAACAGUUGCACAGGUGCACUGCACAAUACCAAUCACUCACUCAUGCAGAUGUUUACGUGUUCCCAAUUCCAUGCAAGGGGAUACCAUCCUCAAUGGCAAUUGAAAGAAGUUGGUGUCGCUCGUUGUAUCACAACCUGGUCCUAAUUUGACCCUUUGAAGGGAUACACUGUACCU